ACAAUACUAAAAGCUGAAUAUAAUCAACAAAGAAGCUAUCCACGUAGGACUAAAUAAUCAACCAAUAGAAAGCUUCCUUUUUGCCACUUCACAUCUUCUUUUUUUUUGUCGAGAUGAGCUUUUAAAAUUGUAUGUGGCCCAUUUGAAAUCGUUUUGCUAUCUUCUUCGAUGGUCUCCGACGAUUCCCUUCCACAGCCAUGGUUUCCACUCUCUCCAAAUCUCUGUCUUUGACCUAUUCUGAUGCCUGCAUCUCUCAAUCUGCCCUUGCGACUGAUUCUGCCGCUGCGACUCUAACUCUGUCGCUUCGCCUCCGCCGCUGCUUCUCCGACUACUCCGCUGUGUGUAUACUCCUUUGCCCGCGGCUCCAGAUCUCCUCCUGUUCUUCACUAUCCUAUGCGACUUCAGAUCUCUUUCCCUUUUCCACAACUAGGUUUAGAUGGCUCUUAUACUCGAGGUAAACGCAACUCUAAGUCGGCAUGAGAACAUCUUACGUUAUUAGGUUUAGUAACCUUUCUGCUCCACUUUCUCAGGCUUCUACAACACUUUCAUUCAGAAUAUAUCACCUACAUGGAGUUCUAGCCACAUCUCAUCGUUUAGGAAUUGUCAUUGAUACCGACCUGGGUAAACUUCGUUCGGCUCUCCGAGAAAUUGUGAAUCCAUAUGAGAAUGCAAUCUUUGUUAUUGGCAAAACGUUGGCUCCUUCCGAUGAAGACAACUUCAUCUCCUGUUUCGGCUUUGUCGACUCUACUACCCAUGGCGAGGAAGUGUUCAGUUUGCACAGUGACAAUUCUCCAAGCCAUGGCUUUGAAGAUGUCUUACCAUGUUACAGAGGAUUCACACCUAACUUUCCUUUAUCAGGGCCAAUAUCGUAUGAACUGCUCAUCGAUGCUGCUGUCGACAUUGUUGAACAGAGCAACCGCCAGUUUCAUGUUCUGGUGAUUGGCGCCGAUGGGCAUGUAAAGUUUAAAGUUUUUAAAUAGAGAAAACAGAGUAUGAAUGCUUAAUGAGAAGGCCACAUUCUGAAUGUGAAGGGACUGAGAUGUUUCGAUAUGGCCUAGGGGGAACUCAGACAACAAGAGAAAGCAACUAUUUCUUAAUGUAAGGUAAAGGAACUCUUUUUUUUUUCUUCAUUUCGGCAACUCUAUUUUUCCAGAAGCUAAUUCUCUGAAGUUCUUCUCACAAUUCAGCUCAUAUGCCGAUUGUUUUAGUAAGUGUUGGAGACGGGCCAUGGGCAGACAUGAGGAAGAUGGGUAACCUUAUCCCUAAGCGUGUCGAUCUUUCAGGUAUCAUCUCAUCUCCAAUUUCAGUUCCAUUUGUAUCCUUUUUCGAUCUUGAUCUGCUCUCUGCAAAGUUUCUGAAUUUCACAGAGAUCAUGAGAGAGGGACCAUCAGAGUUAGCCAAAGAAAGGGAAUUUUCUCUUACUGAUCUAAUUUGUGAUUCAGGUGAAGAAUGGAUCCAAGGAGGGUAAAGAUGUUUUCAUCAUUCACUUCCAACUAAAAAUUUAUUAACAGUUCAAUGAACACUUUCUGUUUUAUGUUGCAGGGCAGAUGAGGAUGUACGUCAUUUCUGUAUUUUUGUGUUUAACACACUAAAGAAUUUACAAGCAUAAAUUAUGUGUAAGACUUUGUGGACUUCCUACGAGAACAAAAUUAUUAACUUCUAUUGUUGUCAAGAAAUAUGAUAUUAUCAGUUAUUUAAUAAUGAUCAUUUUUGAGACGGUGCUAACUUUCUGUGGAGUGAAAUUAAAAAAUCAGUGGACUGCCUUGGCUUGAAUUCUUAUUGAGGGGAUUAAUAUUUGUUUCUAAUGAAUCGAUAGUCUCUGGAGCACAUGAAUUUUCUAAGCAUAGUGAUGGAGUUGGGAAUGAGCUGUAGCACCCGGUGUCUCAGUAUCUGCGAGAUAUCAGCAUGCAGCGGUAUGAAAACUUCUUCUUCUUUGGUUCUCUUAUCUCCAUCAGAAUAGUUAAAUUGUUUGAUGGAUUAUUUAGUUCUUUGUAAAUAGAAAACUUCAUGUGUCCAGCGACAAGAAGCAAUAUAAAUUUGUCAGCUGAUGUUUGACAAAAGAUGGCAUCACAACAACAUAAUUACAAAUUGUUGAUACUUUAGGGUGUUACUUGAUGACCUAUUAGUGGCUGAGGAUCUUGCCUCUGUAGAGACAACCUAUGAUGGUUCUCAUGCUGUUCGCUAUGAAGACGCUUUGUCCUGAACCUUUCAGAAACUUAAGAAACACAGGCAGGUGAAAUUUUGAUAGGUGUUGCAGUACCGUGAGGAUCCUGUCAAAGCUUUCACCAUGCGAAACCAAUGGUCAUGAAAGUGGCAGUUGAAGUCGUCUUCAAGCUGGGUCUGUUUCCGCAGACAAAGCAUCAGGACAGUUGAGCGGAAUCAUUUGUGAAUCCCACACUGGCAAAGCUUUUUACGAGACUUAUUAUAACUCGUGAUGUCUUAACUCUUGAAGAGCCGGCAUGCUUUGACCACGAACAUAUGGUUUUUCAUUGUGGUGUUCACACUACGUCUUAAUGUAUACUCCAUAACUCCCUAAAACAAUUUACUUCGAACUUAAUUUUUGAUUAUACGAAACAAAAAUAAUAAUAUUUUAAAAAGCUGUUUGUUGUCGUGCUACGUUGAAUUAGUAACAGUUGCUGCUCAAACAGCUAAUCAAGACAAUCUUUUUGAUAUUUUUGAUUGUCUAUGAAAUAUCUAUGAAAUAUUAUUAAAUUAUAUAUCAAUCACAUGUUAGUGUUUUCCUAUAUAAAAAUUGUCAAAAAGAAUAGUUGGUGGAUGUUGACCAAAAAAAAAGAAUAGUUGGUGGAUGAUUUGAUGAACGUCCACAUUUUAUUCAGGGUAAAUGAACACCAUUUCAAUAACAAAACUUUUAAUAUAAACCCAGUGUAAGCAAUCAUCUUUCAGCGACAUAUGUAUGGCCUUAAUGAUGUCUCUGCGGAACUGCAAACUAGAUUCUUCAGUGACAUGAACUUGUGGAAUGUUGAGUUUUUGAUGAUAUACAUGUAUGGUAUUAUAGAACCCUCGGUUUUAAAAAGCGUGCCUUAGGGUUGCUAAGGCUUAUUAGAAUCUAUAUCUCUCUUUCUGGGAGGAACACAGAGCUUGAUGUAAUCAUAACACGAGAACUCGAGAAGGUUUACCAUGCUUAAGUUGUUUGUUGAACUAAUUGUAUUUUAUUUUCGAUCUGAUUUCUACUAUGUUUGUUUGUUCAAUAUUUGCAAGUUGUUGGAUUGUACGAGGAUAAGGAGGAAACAUGUAGAAGGAAGGGAUUCUGGGGAGUCUUAAUCAGUUUAUACUACUUUGUAACUAUAAGAAAUUGUGCUUAUAGAUAUUUCGUUUAUGGUUAUGAUAAGGAUUGAAUGAUCAGCUGCUUCAUGAGACAAUACAGAGCAGUAGAGAUAUUUACUUCCGGCUAGGGGUAACCAUAAAAAUAUAUAGAAGAUUAACUUUGUUUUAUUCUCUCUUUUUUUUGUGCUGAGAAGUGGGAACUCUUUCAUGUAAAAUGAUAAGGGAUGCCGUGAAUUGGUUGAAAGCUAUGUGUUUC